AUGGGUUUUGAGUUGGCUCCAGGAGGAUCUGACUCUGUGGACGUUCCAUCUCCAUGGUCGGGUCGGUUCUGGGCUCGAACCGGAUGUUCCAAAAACGAUGGAGGGUUCACCUGCGCCACCGGUGAUUGUGGCUCCGGCCAACUCGAAUGCAACCGCGCAGGCGUUGUUGUGUGCCCUCACCGUCUUGCUUUUGGAUUUUUAUUCAUCGUCAUUAGGGGUGUCUAUGUUGUUUCUAUGCAUGUGCCUCAGGCAGUGGUGCAGAUGGGAUACUUAGGUAAGUGUGUCCAUGGAAGAAGACCUAAACCCGUCAAUCUCACCACCAAAGUUGGUAUCUUUGUCCCUUUAUAA